UCUCCAACUCAUCUCAAUUUCCACAAAUCAACGACAAGCCUCUACGUCCUUCACUUGUCUCUUGUCUCUCUUACCCUCUCUCCCUCUCUCUUUUCUUCAUUUCCACUACUAAUUCCUUGAGUACAACAAAAACCCUUAAUUUCUUGUUGGGUUUUGUCUACUUUUGAAGUUCAAUUUUGUGAUUGUUGGUAAUGGAAUCCAAUAACCAUGAAGACUACUCCAAGAGCUCAAGCGAAGAAGAGACCGAUAGAUCGGAGCAAGCCAACGAAGAUUACUCAGGCAUCGGACGCUCCUACGAGUGUGUGUUUUGCAAGAGAGGCUUCACCACAGCACAAGCUUUGGGUGGACACAUGAAUAUUCACAGGAAAGAUAGAGCCAAGAACAGGCCUAGUAGUAAUAAUUCAGUUGCAAUUCCUUCAGUUUCAAGCAAAGUUGAUGAUGGUGAGGCCACUUUCAGGUCAUCCUACAAUAAUCCAAUUCAUGGUUAUGAACCUCAUCAUCAUUAUAGUUAUAUUCCUACUCAUGAGGUAAACACAAACUAUCAAACAUCUUUUCCUGAAAUUUCAUGGGGCUUGAGAUCUUCUCAUACACACCUUCAUAGCGAUGAUGAUGAUUCCUUAGUACCAUAUCCACAUCAGUACUUGAAUCUAUUUGGGGAGGAUCCUUCUAGGAGUCUAAGCUUGCAUAUUGGUUCAUCUGGCGUAUACGAUAACAAAUCGAAGAGAGGUGAAGAUGAAUUAGAUUUGGAGCUUAGACUUGGUCAUGAUCCCUAGUGUAUAUAUAUAUAUACCACAUAAUUGGGUAUCAAAUAAGACGCAUCUUUUUUUCCAUAGCCAUAUAUAGUUACAGUAAUAUUGGAUAGAUGAGUGUUUUUCCUUUUUGUUGCCUUGUGUGGUGAAGGAGAGUAUGAAUCCCAAAUAGGGUUUUCGAGGGCUUUUCUAGGGGCGAUAUCAAUCUCUUUUCGAGGGGUGAUACCGAUCUCUUGUGGGGUUUCUACCGGAAAUCAAGAGGAGAUUGGGAAGGGAUUGAAGAAUCUAUUUUCAAGUUACAUAUAUUGAAGGUAGUGUAUCUGUUUCCUACUCUCUUGUCAAUGACCCUAAAUUUAUUUGAUUAGGGUUGUAUGGGAUCAAUAGUUUGCUUUACACAAUUGUUUCCCACUACCAUAUCUCCCAAUUUAUGUUGUUUUUAUGGUUAUUUUACUAAAUUAUCGGAAUUAGUCUUAUGACUUGAUUUUGUUCUA